UGUUAAUUGAAGACGAUCGUAAGUCUAUAUACACAGUCAAAAUGUUAUCAAAAGCUGAGUGCUUUUUUAAGUUAUCAUACAUUACGGUAAUGCUUGUAUGAAAACUGUUCUAUUUCAUACUACAUUGUUUAAGUAAGUUAGUUAGGAAAGUGAAUUAAAUAAAUGGUAGUGGUACUUGUAUAAAGAUUGAUAAUAGAAAGAUAUUGAGUCUUCUUGACUGUUUUGAAUAAAAUAAUUAGUUAUCCUCAUGAUGCCGUUACUAUUUCAGGAAGUGUGUCAUGGACUUCUGACAACCAAGAACAAAGCCCCACCGGUUAUGUUCGAGUCCGUGCGUGGCACUCUGGUGACCUUCCAUCCCCAUCAUAUACGACCACCCUAAAUAUGAAAGCUGGAAAUCACAUUUGGAACGAUUACGAAGAACGUAGCCAUGGUCUUGGUUCCGUUCCAGUAUUGACUGUGGUGCAAUAUACACCUGCAUGGUCUGUGCCACUAAGUGGAUGGGUGUCAGAGGGUCAGGGUUCGAGCUCACGACCAAUAAAUAACCCGGACCUAUAUUGGGGUGGUCUGGUCUACGGAGUGGAUAGCCAAUAUAUCAGAUUGUGGGCUCCGUCUUCCGGUCAGGCAAACUAUGGAAUAUUUAGUUUCUGUGACGGAUGGGGUUACGAUGUGCGUGGUGGCGACUGCGCAUACAUCCGGGCCUCUGUAACUAUCACAAUGUGGAUGGACCAGUCUGCUACAGAAACCUACAGUCAUACAGAAUUACAUGACAUCAGUGAAACAAGCGGAACGCACGAAUUUUCCUUGUUUCCGGCCCAUUCUAUUGAUGUUGAUAAUGACAUUGUUACUGUAGCGUCUUUGGCUACUGAUGGUUCAAAUAAUGGGUAUCAAUUCUACGGCACAGGUGCCGCCAUGGUAGAUAACGCCGAAGGAUGUGGUGGACUCGUGUACGCAUACUCAAACGUCACUUCCGCUUUAAGAGUCUGGCAUCCAAUAGGUGUCAACUCUAAAAUCAUACACGUAGAAGGCAUGGGUGGAGGAACAUAUAAUCAAAUGUCAAAUCAGGCGAAUAUUGCAAUCAGACUUUUCAAAGUGUCUAACUCUGUUAUAAACUAUUGUGCUGGUGUGGCAGCUGACCCUGGGGUCAACACAAAUACGACCUUGACCUCACUGGCAGACGGUUGCAUGGCAACGUACACGUGUCACUCUGGAUAUAAUCAUAUUUCCGGGAAUCUCAUGCGUGUCUAUGACUAUUCAUUGAAUAUAUGGAAUGGGACAGUACCAGAAUGUCAAGCACCGCCAGCAACAUCAACCGAAUCUGGAAGUGUGUGUUUUAACCUUACUACCGUAGUUAACAUAACUGCAGUGGUACGUAUUGCCAAUGAAAUAGUUGCAAAUCUUACAGUUCCAGCUAAAACAACGUCGAAAUAUCUAAGAAGCUUAACGAAUGCUUAAGAUAGUCGAAAAUCAUCAACAAUGAUUGGCAUGGCUGGAGCGGCAAUCUGUGCGCUUACAGUAGGUCUUCCUGUCAUACCAGAUAUGAUAACUGCUUUUAGGUUUUUAAUAAGAAGAAUAAGGAAAUAAAUUUAAAAAAUAUCUAUCCUAUUAAUUUGUGAAAAUAGUUUGUCAAUGAUAAAGUCUACACAAGUUCAGGAACAGCGGACGGACAAACAUCCGACAGGAAAAGCCUCUUUAAAAAACCACAGACACCAGCA